AUGUCAGGCUCUGGGCGAAAAGAUUUUGAUGUGAAGCACAUCCUGCGACUCCGCUGGAAACUCUUCAGCCACCCGUCGCAGUCCCCCGGCGCUCCGGCCGGGGGCAGCUGCCUGCAAGAAGACGGCAGCAGCAGCUUCGAGCACUGGGGACCCAGCCAGAGCCGCCUGCUCAAAAGCCAAGAGAAGAGCAGCGUGAGCACCUUCUGGAAGAAACCUUCCUCUUCUUCCUCCUCUUCUUCUGCCCCCCCGUCCUCUUCCUCCUCUUCCUUCAACCCACUGAAUGGCACCCUGCUGCCAGUGGCCACGAGGCUGCAGCAAGGGGCGCCCGGGCAGGGCACCCACCAGCCAGCCAGGACUCUCUUCUACGUGGAGUCCCUAGAAGAGGAGGAGGUGCCAGGCAUGGACUUUCCUGGACCACACGAAAAAGGGCUUGUCUUGCAAGAGCUCAAAGUGGACCCGGCCAACUCGAGCCAGGCAACAGGUGAAGGAUGUGGACUCAGGCUGUCAGCAACUAGCCAUUCUCUGACACCGCAAAGUGAUGUGGACUCCAGUAGCUCUGAAGAAUUCUAUCAGGCUGUGCAUCAUGCUGAGCAAACCUUCAGAAAAAUGGAAAGUUACUUGAAACAACAGCAGCUCUGUGAUGUUAUCCUGAUUGUUGGGAACCGAAAGAUACCUGCCCAUAGGCUUGUUCUGAGCUCAGUCUCAGACUAUUUUGCUGCUAUGUUUACAAGUGAUGUUUGUGAAGCCAAGCAAGAGGAGAUCAAGAUGGAAGGCAUAGACCCAAAUGCUCUCUGGGACCUUGUCCAAUUUGCAUAUACAGGUUGCUUGGAAUUAAAGGAAGAAACCAUUGAAAACCUUCUUGCUGCAGCUUCUCUUCUUCAGCUUCCUCAAGUAGUAGAAGUGUGCUGCCAUUUCCUCAUGAAGCUCUUGCAUCCAUCUAACUGUUUAGGAAUCCGAGCAUUUGCAGAUGCUCAAGGAUGCAUUGAAUUAAUGAAGGUGGCCCACAGCUACACAAUGGAAAACAUAAUGGAAGUUAUGAGAAAUCAAGAGUUUUUACUGCUUCCAGCUGAGGAGCUCCAUAAACUCCUGGCCAGUGAUGAUGUCAAUGUCCCUGAUGAAGAAACCAUCUUCCAUGCAUUAAUGAUGUGGGUCAAAUAUGACAUGCAGAGGAGAUGCAAUGACUUGAGUAUGCUUCUGGCCUUUAUAAGACUGCCGCUGCUUCCACCUCAGAUAUUGGCUGACCUAGAAAACCAUACAUUAUUUAAGAAUGAUCUGGAAUGUCAAAAGCUGAUUCUGGAAGCAAUGAAAUACCAUCUAUUGCCAGAAAGAAGAACUUUAAUGCAAAGUCCAAGAACUAAACCUAGAAAAUCUACAGUUGGAACUCUGUAUGCAGUGGGAGGAAUGGAUAACAACAAAGGAGCUACAACCAUAGAGAAAUAUGACCUCAGAACAAACUUGUGGAUCCAGGCAGGGAUGAUGAAUGGCAGGAGACUGCAGUUUGGUGUGGCUGUUAUUGAUGACAAACUCUUUGUAAUUGGAGGUCGAGAUGGCUUAAAGACAUUGAACAGUGUUGAAUGUUACAACCCCAAAACCAAGACUUGGACUGUCUUACCACCAAUGUCAACACAUAGGCAUGGUCUAGGUGUGACAGUACUAGAAGGCCCUAUCUAUGCCGUAGGAGGCCAUGAUGGCUGGAGCUAUCUGAACACAGUGGAGAGGUGGGAUCCUCAGAGUCAGCAGUGGACAUUUGUAGCUAGUAUGUCAAUUGCCCGAAGCACAGUUGGUGUGGCAGCAUUGAAUGGCAAGUUGUAUUCAGUUGGAGGUCGUGAUGGAAGUUCCUGUUUGAGUUCAAUGGAAUAUUAUGAUCCUCACACAAAUAAGUGGAACAUGUGUGCUCCAAUGUGUAAACGAAGAGGGGGUGUUGGAGUGGCCACAUGUGAUGGUUUUCUUUAUGCAGUAGGAGGUCAUGAUGCUCCUGCUUCAAACCACUGUUCUCGGCUGCUAGAUUACGUAGAAAGAUAUGACCCCAAAACAGACACAUGGACCAUGGUGGCUCCUUUGAGUAUGCCCAGAGAUGCUGUUGGUGUCUGUCUCCUUGGUGACAGACUAUACGCUGUUGGUGGCUAUGAUGGGCAGACAUACCUCAACACUAUGGAAUCCUAUGAUCCACAAACUAAUGAAUGGACCCAGAUGGCUUCCUUGAAUAUUGGGAGAGCAGGUGCCUGUGUAGUAGUCAUCAAGCAACCUUGA